CUCACUCCUGUGGCAGUCACUCCUAGGCCAGGGGUCCCUGUAUAAACAGCCCCUCUGCCCCACCCCAGAGGCGGCUGCACCCUUGGCCGUGGCGAUUGACCUGCUGGGCUGGUAUUUCCCGCUCUGUGCCCCGGCGCACCCAGCUCUCGGUUCCGGCUCGGCCAGGGAGACACAUCAGAGGCUCUUCUAGCCCCAUCGCUGCAGCUGUUACUCUGUGCUGGAGCCACCAACCCCCUGCUCUAACCACUAGACCCCACUCCCCGCCCAGAGCCAGGGAGAGAACCCAGGAGUCCUGGUGCCCAGCCCCCCUCGCUCUAACCACUAGACCCCACUCCCCGCCCAGAGCCAGGGAGAAGACCCAGGAGUCCUGGCUCCCAGCCCCCCCCCGGCCCAGGGCUGAGGGGGCGUUCUUUUGCGUCUUCACAGCUGGUUGAGCAGCUGGCGCGGGGACAAGGGGGUGGAAGGCUGUGGGGGCGGGGCCCAUGGUUACCUGCCCAGGUAUACUGCGGGGCGCGGCAGCUGGGGAUCGCACCACACACCUGUGCCCAGGUGACGGAGGGGAACGGACGGUUCCUUGGACACCGAAGAGCCGGAUCUGGUGGGACUGAGGGGUGCCCCCCGCCCCGUUGUCCGUAUCUCCCCCCAACACACUUGAGAUGCCUCUUUCUCCCACCCCUGGCAGGGCAACGUCGAAAUAGCCAGCGAGAGAUCGGGUGAAGUGUGAACUGUGGAUCCUGUCAACACCAUGAGCUCCUCAGGCAGCGAGGUCUCCAAGCCCAGUGCCAGGGAGAUCUACGAGCAAAGGAAGAAAUAUUCCAACUUCAUUAUGGCCGACGUCUCCCAAUACACAGUCAACCACCUGGUGACGUUCCCGGUUGGGGAGACAGCGGAGCUGCGCUCGGUGGAGGACGCCGUGCGCAGAGUGGCCGCCAUGGAGGCCCAGGGCCAGGUGUGGGCCCAGGAGAUGCUGCUGCAGGUCACUGGGUCGGCCAUCAGGCUGCUCGACGUCCACUCCAAGGAGGAGCUGGAGAGCUAUGGGCUGGCGGGGGUCCUGCGCUGCGAGGCCGUGCUGCCCAGCGCCCGCGCCCGCUCCCUGCUGCUCCUCGUGUGCCAGGAGCCCCAGCAGACCCAGCCCGACGCCCACUUCUUCCAGUGCACCCACAUCAGGGUGGAGCCAAUCCGGGACGACAUUAACAGUGCCCUGCUAGACUUCAAAUCGGGGAGCAACACUCAGAGGAAAGAGGCGCUAAGAGAGAACCAGGAGAAGAUGCAGAAUGGGGCACCACCGGUCUCGGAGGGGACAGGCUCCCAGCCCCCACCUCCCCCCAGGAAGGUGGUGAUCACACCCUCGGUCACCCCGAAUAAGAUGGAGACGCAGAGUCAGAGAGAUGCAGCUGACCCCUUGGACCCAGGUGUGCUGCGGACUGAGUGUAAUGUGGAGCUGCUGAACCGAGUCUUCGACGACAUCGAAGUUUUUGUGGCCAAACUGCAGAAAUCAGCAGAGGCCUCGCGGGUCCUGGAGCAGCUGAAACGGUCCAGUCGGGGGCGCCGCCGCCAGCCAGGGGAGGGGCUGCUGACCCUUCGGGCCAGGCCACCCGCCAUGGAAGAGUUCGAGCACACCCUGGCCAAGAUGAAAUAUUCCUUCAGCCUCCUGGCAAGACUCCGGUCAAACAUCUCGAAUCCCACUUCGGAGGAGCUGGUUCACUUCCUGUUUGGCCCCCUGAAAAUGGUGGUGGAGUCGUCGGGGGGGCCAGAGUUUGCCAGCGAGAUCCGCUCUCCCAUGCUGACCCUGGAGGCCGUCACCCUUCUGCGGGGCUGCCUGGGGGCCCAGGAAGCCGUGCUGUGGGGCUCGCUGGGUGACAACUGGACCCGGCCCCGGGUGGAGUUCCCCAGGGACUACGCCGCCCCUUACACCCUGACCUUCCAAUGCGGCUGGGCACCGCCGCACCGGGGCCCCGACGGGCAGCCCUGGGAGGAUCCAGUGGAGACCCAGCACCGGCAUGAAGCGCGCCGGGCACAGCAAUCGGCUCCUCCAAUUGAAGCCAAUGGCCAUAGACAUACAGAAGAAUGCAGGCUGAUGAGCUGCAAGUACGACUUUGUAGCCAGGAACAGCAACGAGCUGUCUGUCCAGCAGGGCGAGGUUCUGGAGGUGCUGGACAACUCCAAGAAGUGGUGGAAGGUUCAGAACCGCUCUGACCAGCAAGGCUACGUCCCCUUCAACAUCCUCAGCCCCCUCCCGGGCCCCCAGAACCGCAGCCCGGGCGACCUGCUCAACAGCAUCGGCAGCGCCAGCCCCCGCCAGGCCCAAGCCCCGGGCCCCCCAGGCCUGCCAGCUCCGAAGAAAAAGCUCUUGGCCCUGAACGGGACCCAGUGCAACGGCUCCGAGGGGCUUGGCCUAGACCCCAAUGAGAGAGAGCGGCUGAACGAGGAGCUGCUGCAGCGCCUGGCGGCCGGCCGGGGCACCCCGGCCAAGCCCUUCCAGGUGCACCGGGCUCCGGACACGGCCGUGCCGCUGGACCACGACUCCCACCCCGGCCAGGUCCAGGCCUGGCUGGAGGCCAAGGGAUUCAAGCCCCUGACGGUGAGCACCCUGGGGGUGCUAAACGGGUCUCAGCUCUUCUCACUGUCCAAAGCCGAGUUCCAGGCCGUCAGCCCCGAGGAAGGAGCCAGAGUCUACAGCCAGGUCACCGUACACAAGGCCAUGCUGGAGGACUUUAGGAAAACCUCGGAACUGGAAGCUGUGAUGGAGAAACAGAAGAGGAAAUUGGAGGGCGAGACAGAAGCCUCCUGCUCGUGAGGAAGCCAAGGACACGGUGCCCCCAAGCUGGCAUAGCUUUCCCCCUACUGGCGAGGGUGCUGCUUGGGCGGGCCUGGCCCACCGGACCCCCCCGGCUCACAGACACCCCCCCAACUCUCUGUGAGGGUGUCUCCCGAAACUAGACACACUAAGGACCUCAGUAGGUUAGAUUUCUUGGCUACCACCCGCUCCAUUGGGGCUACCACGCCUCUUAAUGGAACAGCCCCCAGCGCAUUUAUGCUGCUCAUUCCAAUUUCCUACCUCUGGGCAUCUUUUUGUUGUUGUUUUUUUUACUUCCACUAUUUAUUUAAGAAAGGGGGCAAAUGUUAAAAUGUAGCCCCUCCCUUGCCCCUCCCAAAUGGUAUGACCUCCCUUGUCCACAAUCCCCCCUCCGGUUCCCCCGAACUGGUACAACUCCUAUACUCCAACCCCCCCCCACAUUUCCACCCAAGUGGUACAGCUCCCCCAGUCUGCACAGAGCCCCCCGUGGUAUAAUUUCCAACACCCCCUUUUCAUCUCAAGUGGUAUGUCCCCCCAUUUUCUCCCCCCAAUUUCCCCCCAAUGGUACAACCUUCACUACCACCACCCCUGUUUUCUCUCAAUUGAUAUGUACCCUAUUCUCCACAAUCCUCCCAUUUCCACCUAAACGGUGUGACUCCCCAGCCUUAGAAACCCCCCAUUGCCCCCUAAAAGGUACCUCAU